GUGGCGRCCGGGAGAGACKCGAGGCGGCUGCGGCCGGGAUCGAGGUCGGGCCCGAGACCGAGAGAGGCAAAGUCGCGGUUCCGACGUAGAGGCGGGAAGUGGGUCCAGCGGCGCCGCCACUCCUGUUUGAGGAAUCCCUGAGGGCCAGGCCCCCCCCCGCGGGGGGCCCAGGGCGGUGCCGUGUUGCGCGUGAGGAGACGAGAGCUUUAAACAAUGAGUGAGGCUGGUGAAGAAAGUCCCAGUGACGCACCACUGGCAACUGAGAAUGAGUCCCCUACCCGUGUGCUGACUCCAACAGUUGAUGACCAGGAUGAGGAACCCUCUGACCUAGCAGCAAGUCCUGCAUUUCAGUGUUUAGAUGAGCUAUUUUCUGCUGGACAAAUCACAGACACCAGAGUAGCUGAGCUGAAGGAACAGUACACCCUGCUGCAUAAGGCUGUGAUAAGUUUACAGGAAUCUGAGACCCGGCUGUUGCAGGAAGCUGAACGCCUGAGAGCAGAACUGGAACGACGUGAACAGGAAGAAGCAGAACAGUUCCCCGAAGGAACCUCCAGCGAAAGUUACCAAAUAAGGAAACARCUUCUCAGCUGCCGAAGUGAAUACAAUGCUAUUAGAGGAAGAGUGUAUGAAAAUCGGGUGAAGGUGGAAUGUUUGCGAGAAGAAAAAGGUCUUCUGGAAAAUGAAUAUGAAAGAGCUCUAAAAGAAGAGGAAAAUGAUGCAAUUAAACAGUUGAAAGAAAGUUGUGAUGAGCUCAGUGAAGAAGUGAUCCAGAGGAAAGCAGAAAUUGAUUCAAUAAAAGAAGCUAUUUCAUCCAAGGAAAAGCUUAUAUUGACAGAUGAGGAAGAAAUGGAAAAGCUUCAGGAGAUGCAGACUUAUUUAAAAGCUGAGCUAGUUAGGAUCCUUGGUGUUCCAAAGCAACUUGCAAAAGAAACUGAGAAGUUGAGUCAGAAAAAAAUAGAUGCAGAGAAGAAGAAUGAAGCCCUUAAUGACCAAAUAGAAGAAUUGACUAAAAUCCUGAAAGCUGCUGAAAGAAGGACUGAAGAGAUUUUGCAAGAAAGAGACAAUGUAAUGAAGGAAUUGGAAGAGAGAAAAACUUUGAUAGAAAACAAUGAACGAGAACACAUUACUUUGACAAAAUUACUAGAAAUCAGCACAGAAAAGGAAUUAGCCAUCCUAUCAGACAGACAAAUUCUGGAAAAUAAUUUAAAUAAAUAUGCCUUGGAGAACAAAAAGCGACASGAUAAUCUCAGUCACCAUCAAACACAGAAAGAUAAAGAACUGAAAAAUUUAAAAAAGUUGGAGUUACAACUGCAAGAGAUUUUUGAUUCCUUGGAAGGAGAUAAGGCAAAGCAUAAAAGGCUCAAAUUUGAGGCAGAAGUUAAUGCAAAAGCCAAUGCAAUAUUAUUAGAAAGACGACGAGACCUGCAGGAUGAAAUCGAAACRAUCAAGAGAGGUUUAGCUGAACAGGAAAUGAUAUCAGAUGCRGAUGCCCGCGUGUUAGAGGAAUGCAUUGCUAAAGAACGCUUGCUUUUCAAAGAGCAGGAAAAAUGGAGAAAUGAGUUAUCUGCACUUACACAUCUGACUUCAGUCAGAGCUAAUGAGAAGCAAAUGAAAUGCAGGAAUGCUCAGAAAGCCAAGAUUCACCUCCAAAGUGUUACUAAGGAACUAAAAAGAAAGGAUCGUGAACUAAUCACCUGUAAAAAGAUGAAAAGAGAAAUCCAAAAAGAACUUCAAGCAGUUGCUAGAAUAUAUGAUGUUAUGCAAGCUGAAAAGGAUAAAUGUAUAGAGUUGAUGGGUAUUGCUCAGUGUAAAGCAAAGGAGGCUGAAAACCGGGUAAAAUUACUAGAAAAUCAAAUACAAAAUUUAAGGAAUAUUGUUGUAGCCAAGGAAAGAAAAUUGCAGGAUGUGUAUCUGAAGAUUAAAAAGAAUGAGAGAGCGACAGAGUUGCUCAGAAGGGAUUAUUGCAAAGUUGARCAAGAGAUGCUAGAGAAUAAAGAAAAGGAAAAGUAUUUGAAUGUUGACAGACUGACCACUACAGCSACACUCAUGGAAGAGGAAAUUUUGCAGCUACGUAAAAAUAAUGAAAGGGCUGUUCAGCGAAAAAAUGAGAGUGGUCAAUUGCUCAGAGAACGAGAAGAAGAACUAAGCCUUUUAUAUGAAAAAGUAAACAGGCGAGAGAUGUUGUGUAAAAAUGGAGAUAUUAAGAUGCAAGUAAUGGAUGAAAAGAUCAGUUUUCUGAAAUUGAARGUAGCUGAGAAAAAAAGAGAGAUUAGAUUGUAUUUUGAAGAGCUUCCAGUGAAGAAUGCCCUGGAUGCAAAUCUGAUGAAAUUUCAGAUACAGUAUUCUGAGUGCAAGGACAAGAUCAAACAGCUGGAGGGAAACUAUGGUGAUGCCACAAAUGAGAGUAGGAAACAAGAAAUGGGAGGGGACGACCCAUCUCCACGUGAGCUGCUAAAAAGGAUUGAACAGAUAGAGGCAGAACUGUUGCAGAAGGAGAAGAGAUUGGUGAAGAUAGAUUUUCUCUGCGAGGCCAUUACAGAUCUGACAGACAGAAUCCGUACUGCGGCAGAGAACGCCAAGCAGAACAUACUGCUGUUCGCUAGGAGGACUAACGAUCUGCAGAGGAAGGUAAAUGACAAAACCCAGGAGAUAAGGGCUCUUUUUGCAGAGUUAUCCAUGAAGCAAGCACUUGCCAUUAGACUCCAGCAGGAAAUUGGAGACAGAGAACAACUUGUGAUGACAGCUUCAUUGAUGAUAAGUCAAGGCCUUCCCCCUCCUAGUGAAAGAGAAUGGUUGAAGAGCCUACACAAUGAGAGGAUGCAAAAAGCAUCAGCUGAAGCCAGAGCAAAACACSCUGCAGAGGAGGAACAAGGUACAAUGCCCAGCAAUGCCCCCACUGCACCUGGAGAGGAGGAGACGCUCCCACUGCUGCCCCACACAGCUCCCCUCAGGCAAAGUGAGUCCAGUUCGAGUCUCAGACAUUUCAAAAAGCCUCCUGCAAAGUCAUCUGAAAUGUGAACAGUCAACACCUGAAGCAGGACAGACCAUUAUCAGSUGCUGGAUCACAAGAGUCAGCAGCAUUUACACGGCGCUUAAGGAAGAUCCGUUGGUGUUCRGCCAAAUUCCGUACUGGAAACAAAGUAUUUGUUCAUGCCAAAAGCACUGCUAACCAGCUGGCAACCCAAAGUCCCUUCUGGUAUCCC